UCGUUCAUAGUUGAUUUUUUCAUUAUCAUAUCUCACGGAACUUGCGAAAUCAUCUCCUUCUGGACAUCAGAUCUUUUACAAUAGCGUUUGAUGCAGGAUAGAUCGCGUGCUCCGAAUUUCAGAUACUUCAACUCUGAACUUUCGAAAUUAAGGAUAUUUGUCGCACGACGCUGAUGGGAAAGUCGGGGAAAGUCGAAAAGUGUGUCGCCAAAUUAUUUGGACAACAAAAUAUCCAGGAUACUCAACCCGUAAUUCACUUUCAUCGUAAUUCAGUAAGAAACUUGAUAUAUGUAGAUCCAAAGCCAUCCAACGCCAAGACAUGCUUGAAAUAACGUGUAAUGAUCGACUGGGCAAGAAAGUUAGGGUGAAAUGUAAUCCAGAUGACACAAUAGGGGACCUGAAAAAAUUAAUAGCUGCACAAACGGGAACGCACUGGGAGAAAAUAGUCUUAAAGAAGUGGUACACCAUUUUUAAGGACCACAUCAAGCUGCAAGAUUAUGAAAUACACGACGGUAUGAAUUUGGAGCUGUAUUACCAAUGAUGAUACGAACCUCUGAUAUUAGGAUUAAAUUUAUACCUCUAAUGUUAAUAAUAAUUUUUUUUUAUUGUGGAAUUACAACGUGUCUAUAACUAUUUCUAUGGGUAAUUAUAUACUUUGUAAAUAACAGUUGAACAAGUCCAGCAUUCAACUGCAUAACUGUAGCGAUUAUAGGUAUUUAAGAUACAUGAUAGUCAGAAAGUUAUAUUUGUUACCCCCAGUUUUUAAAACGUGUUUGAAACUCUACUUUCAUCCAGGUAGAUUUAUAUUUUUUUUUUUAUUAAACAUUAGUUUGGUCUAUGUUAGUAAUUUUUGAAUAAAUAAAAAUUACAUCUCAAACAA